GCAGCUUUGUGAGAUAAUUAAUGGUAACGAGGAGACGUUAUUAGUGUGGAGGGCAAGGAAAGAGAGAAAGACUCCCCAAAGACUGAUUGGUUGAGCUUCCUGUACGUUUUUUUGUCAUUUGGGAAAUUCAUCACGCCAUCAAAUAUCUACAUCUGUAAAUUACUUUCAUUAUGUUUGUGGUAAUGGCAUUGUAUGUUCAUUGAUCAUAAAUGUGCCAGGAUGGAUGCAUCAUAAAUACGAUGGUGACGUUUUGAGGCAGCCUCGAAUAUUAUACAUUCGUUGCAUUCUUUGUAUUUCUAGCGGAGGACUAUGGCACAAAAUUGGAAAUGUACACUUGGACUGACAAGGAACCAAAUAUUGGUUACUAUGUAAGGAGUUUACAGAACUUUUUUUUCAUUUUGAUUAGCAUCUUAGAUGGCUGCACCUUAUAGAUGCAUACCUCCCAAGACUCGAGAAAAGAACCACAUAAGCAAUGGAGCAGUCAAAGCCAGUCAGCCCAUCCAGAUCAAUGGUGUUCUUGGACGGAGAGCCAAUGGCCUUCAAAAUGAGAAACUCUCCAACAGUCUUCCACCGGCGACCUCAGGUCAGACCACGUUUCCUCAGCUUUCCUUAGGCCCUAAGAGUAGCACCAUGGGGGAGUCCUUACCCCAGCUCACCAAUGUUCAGGGGCACCUAGUUGCCUCUGGUAUUCACCAGACAACCAUUGGCGAACAUAUAAAGGCUCAUAGACAACCUACCAAAUUAGAUGAACUGAAAAGAACAUCUAAGAACGAAGGGAAAGAAGGCAGAGUACAUAUGAAACCAAAUGAAGCCAUGAUGUACUACCGAGACAAGCUGACGGUCUUUGAAGAAGCAGAGAUCCUGGACUACCAGGAGGUCUGGUUCUUGGGCCCAGAGGCCAAGAAAGUCGAGGGUGUCCAGGGGGCGUCACAGAAUAAUGGCUAUGAUGAUGAGAAUGGCUCAUAUAUUAAGGUAUUACAUGAUCAUUUAGCAUACAGAUAUGAGAUCUUAGAGGUGAUAGGUAAAGGGUCAUUCGGUCAAGUCGUCAAAGCCUAUGAUCACAAGCUAGGAGAGAUGAUUGCAAUUAAGAUUAUACGCAAUAAGAAAAGAUUUCACCACCAGGCAUUAAUAGAAGUCAAGAUACUAGAUGCGCUAAGGAGAAAAGACAGAGACAACUCACACAACGUGAUCCACAUGAGAGAAUACUUCUACUUUAGAAACCAUUUAUGUAUCACGUUUGAAUUAUUAGGUAUGAAUCUGUAUGAAUUAAUCAAGAAAAACAACUUCCAGGGCUUCAGCGUUGCCCUCAUCCGUCGGUUUGCCUUCUCCCUGCUGCAGUGCCUACGCAUGUUACACAAAGAACACAUCAUCCACUGUGAUCUUAAACCAGAGAACAUACUACUCAGACAAAAGGGUCAGAGUUCAAUCAAGGUCAUUGACUUUGGCUCCAGUUGCUAUGAACACCAGAGAGUCUACACCUACAUCCAGUCCCGUUUCUAUCGAUCCCCGGAGGUGAUCCUUGGGCUCCCCUAUGGUCUCCCUAUCGACAUGUGGAGCUUUGGUUGCAUCCUAGCAGAGCUCUAUACAGGCUACCCGCUCUUCCCAGGGGAGAAUGAGGUGGAGCAACUAGCGUGUAUCAUGGAGAUCUUUGGACUUCCUCCACCUCACAUCAUUGAAGAAGCUCAAAGGAGAAGACUAUUCUUUGAUUCAAGAGGGAACCCAAGGUGCAUUACAAACAGUAAAGGAAAGAAGAGGAGACCCAACACAAAGGAUCUAGGUUAUGCAGUCAAGACAGGCGAUCCUCAGUUCUUAGACUUCAUCAAGAGAUGUUUAGAAUGGGAUCCCUCCCAGAGGAUAUCGCCGGACCAAGCCUUGCAGCAUGCCUUCAUCCAAGAGGGCAUCCCACACGCCAAAUCCAAGGACAAACACCGGUCAUCCAACGUCACCGCAUCCUCCUCAUCCUCCACCACCACCACCAACCACCAUCAUCAUCACCAUAGAAACAAGCAUCAACACAGCACGCAUCACCAGCAAACUUUCAGAGAGAUGCAGAAGGAGGAAGCGGCAUCCAAGGAGCAGGAGGUCAAGGGUGAAGGGUCAAGUGGAGGGGUCUUCCAGCUGCCGGCGGUGAAUAAGGGCGUGGUCCAGGCCAAGGGCAGCGCUAAAGGGAGCGCCAAGGGCAGUGCAAGGGUGAGAGAAAGGAAGGAGAAGCAGAGCAACUCAACAAAGGAAAAUACAGAAGAUUCCUCAGAAGUCGUGAAGAAAAAUGGAUUGCGACUUUCAAGAGAGAAGUCUAAUCUAAAUACCAAGUCUGACUUUGUCAUGCCACCAAUUCAACUUGGGAACGUUGACCUGACAGCAGAGAAACCAGUUAAUAAGGUCAAGCCACUUCUUGCGGAAGAUAAAGCCCCCUCCAUGGAGGUGAUCGAGGUUGAGGACUCGGAGAAGAUUAUUGAAAACUUAGAACUCGAUGAAAAGAACGAGACAAAACAAAGCGGCCAAUUCUUACCGAGGAUUGUAUAGCACAGGAGGACAGUUGUUACCCUCGUUGUAGAGCAGAGGACUCAUUAGAGGUAGACUAGGAACAACUGCUUGGCUCAGCAGUGAGGACUCGUUAGGAGCUGUAGUUUGUAGAAGUCUAGUGGAAUGGAUCCUAUAUGAUGAUCUUGGUGGUGCCUACUUUUAAAAGGGUGGGGUCAUAUGCCCAUGAGGACGAAAAGAAAGCUAGAAGAUCAUAUCUUCAGACCUGCACCAAUGCACCUCGUCUUUGAGCUCAGAGGAUCACGAUUCGGACAUCUGUACCAUCCAUCAGUCAUUGAAGAUUGAUGAAAUAAGUCAUCAUGUUCUGAGUGGGUGGUGUGAUCAGGAGUGCCUAUCUGAAGACAUCUGUGCCACUCUAGUCUUUGAAGGUUGAUUGCACAUGAAAGCCACCGUGUUCCGAGUGGGUGGUGUGAUCAGAAGUGCCUAUCUGAAGACAUCAGACAUCUGUGCCACUCAGUCUUUGAAGGUUGAUUGCACAUGAAAGCCACCGUGUUCCGAGUGGGUGGUGUGUUCAGAAGUGCCUAUCUGAAGACAUCAGACAUCUGUGCCACUCUAGUCUUUGAAGGUUGAUUGCACAUGAAAGCCACCGUGUUCCGAUUGGGUGGUGUGUUCAGAAGUGCCUAUCUGAAGACACCAGUCAAAGACAACACCUACCAUUUUUGCACAUUCAGCAUCAUUUUCAAAAAUUUACCACCAUCACCACCAAUCAUGACCAUAUUAAAGUUAGAUUCCAGCUGAAAGUCAAAUGUAAAACAGAAAGAUAGAUUCCAUUUCGAAGUCAACAUUGGAACAUGAUCACAAGUGCCUACCUGAGGAUACCAUUCAAGGAGCUCAUCCAAUGUUUUCACCAUCAUUAUUAUUAUUAUUUGGUGUCACACGUGCUUGGGUGGCGAACAUCAUCAGCAUUUUUUCCCCUUCUUUUUGCAUUAUCUUCAUUGUCAGUCAUCAAAUUAUGGGAAGUUGUCAUUCUAUCAAGAACUGACUACCCAAAAUGCCUCAUUUAGGAUACCUAUCAGAGACUGCAUCCUGGAACCAUGAGGCCAAGGAUAUGGGAUAAGAUUUUUCCAUUAUAUUACAUAUACUUUGGUCAGAACAUAGGGAGGUAUCCUUGACUCAACCUUACUUUCAUUCUAAUGAGAUUUCAUAUUCAGAACUUGGGGUCUUUAUUAAUAGCAUUAUUACAUCAUGGACCUACCACAUCUGUACUGUAGGUCCAUGACUACUUAGAUCUGUAUGUCUUGCACUUACGGAUUUAGACUGACAUUAUUUUGCAGUACAAGUCCAGUUCCAUUUGACAUACAAACACUCACAAAGAUACAUGUGUAUAUACAAGCCAUCCAGUAAAAUUGUAAGAACAUUUUAUUCUAAUUUAAAAUUACUAAAUAAAUUGUUGAAUAUGAAGGUAUAUGGAAAUAACAUAAGAAUAGAUAUGGUAUAUGCUUUAAAAAAAUAAUGAUAUAAACUUUUCAUGCCCUGUUUGCCAUGGCAUGUGAAUUGCAACAAUAAGAGUUUUUAUUUGAAGAAAAUUAUUGGCAGGUAUUUAUCACUGCAAUUUGACCCUCCUUACCCCAGUGUUUUUCACUGCAUAUGCACCACCUUGAAGAUGAAGUAUUUCAUCAAUAUUGCAGUGCCUCAAACUGUGAUGCCUAUUAAAUGAUGUGCCUUUCUUCAGCAUUAUUAUUUGGGGGGUGGGGGCGGGAGGGGGGACUGGUGAGUAUUAGUAGGAUGAUGUAAACAUGGCCAGGUCAUUAUUGAAAAGAAAGGAAUUACUCAAAUUUAACACAGUCCUGAAAUAUAUCUUGGCAAUGAGUGUUUUCUCUAUCAGGCGGUGACCUUUUUAUUUGAAACCAGGAGGGGUGAUUCACUGUAUGCUAAGAUCAAUUUUCAAAGCUGUAAACCAGUCAAAUUACAAAAAAUUGUUCUCAUCUCACUUGAGAUUAUUUCAGUUGUUAGGUGAUAAGCCAAGUGGUUCUGAUUCUUGUCUUUCAAUUGGAGAGUCGUAGGUUUGAGUCUCAGGAUCCAAAGACUAGGAUUGGGAUCAGCUUUAAGAUUUAGCUAUAGGUUUAGGGUAUUUAAUAGGGUUAGAUUUUUAGAUUUUAGUUUACCCUAGAAUUAAAAAAAAAAACAGAUUGACCCAAAAAAGUUUUGACUUUUCGGCCAAUGGCAUGUCAAAUAAUUUCAUACACAAUUCCCAUAAUGCAAGAUAACUUUAUUAAUGCUAAACAAUUAGUUUAUUGGUAGAACCCAUAUUGGUUGUCAAAAUGAUCUUGCAUCAAUAAAAUUGUUUUCUAUUACACAAAUUUUUUUUAAAAGGCCAAUCAGCAUGUAAUACAAACUCAAUUCCAUGCUUUUGACUUGAAUGUUUCCCUCAGCAAACGAGCCAAAAAUACCCCUGCCAUUUGCUAGACUCUAUUAUAUCAUUGUAUCUGUAAGAUAAACAGCAAAUUUUAUUUUGAUUUUUUAUAUCUGUUUUCUCAAUUUUAAAUGCACAUCUCUUGCACUAUGCAUCAACUCCAUGUAUUGUUUCUGUGGUGUAUUUUAGAAGGAUGUACCGUGUUUGUAUAGUUGUAAUGCUGCAAGUAUAAUAAAAGGAAGAUAUGUUGUUUGUUACUUUAUGAAUAUUACAUUGAAGUGCCUUGUAUUUUUCACUCACAAAUUUCACAAUCCUAGGAAUUCAGUCAAUGAGUAGGAUUUAGGAUUACUUUUAUACCAUUGUUUUGGAUAUUGAAAUAUUUUGAAUAUUUGAAAUCGAAUUAAAGUUAUAAGAAUGAGAUUGACCUUGAAUUUAUUUAACUGAAUUAUCAAAUUGGAAGAGUAUUUUAUUACUAUGGCCACAUGAUGACAAAUGACAAGACAUUGAUAAAAAAAGUCAUCGUUAAUAUAUAAUAUUCCACUAUAAAUAAUGUAAGAGCACCUAAUUAUACCAGAAUAUUAAUUGAUCGAUUAGUUAAGUUAAUUAAUAAUAAUAAGUUAGUUAAUGCAUUGAAUAUCAUGUGUGCAUUGGCACUUAUGCAUGAUUUUUAAUCAGGUUUAGCUCUUUGUGAAAGUCCCCCAAACUUUCAUAAUUUUGUCACAAUACAACACUACUCACAGAAAGUAUGUAUGCAUCACGAAGCACUUAUCACAAAUUUAAUUUAUGCAAACUUCUUUCAUUGAUUUUAUUCUGAUGUUUCUCACUCUCUUGUUGCAUGUGCCAUGUAUGAACAACAUUUUAGAAAAUAAGGAAUUAAAUCUCUUUAUUUUCAUGCCAAUAAUAUUUCAGAAUUGUACAUUUAUGUAACAUAGCAUUGAGUGCCAGCAUAUUUAUGUAAAUAUUAUGCAAAUUUUAUUUCAGAAUGAAAAAGUAUUAUGUUUUUUUUUUGCAAUUUA